GGCACUGUCGUCUCUUCUUGCAUUGCAUGUAUAAGAACUAACAUAGUUUUCAUCAAAAUUUAUACCAAGAACCCCCCCCCCCCCCCCCCAAAAAAAAUACUAUAUUUGCAAGAAAAUAACAAAAAGUCACUUAAUUCACAGGAAAAUGGAGAAAAGCGGCCCCGGACUUGAAACGGAGCUGCGGCUGGGGCUUCCCGGCGGCAGCGGCGGUGAAGUGGAGAAGAAUGAGAAGAAAAGGGUUUUUGAGGAGUUUGAUGGGUGUGAGGAUAAGGCGGCGGUGCACAAGAAUCAGGUGGUGGGGUGGCCGCCGGUGGCGGCGUUCCGGCGUAAAAACAGCUUCAACGGCGGCAAAAUGUACGUGAAGGUUAGCAUGGAUGGAGCCCCCUUUCUUAGGAAGGUUGAUUUGACCAUGCACAAAGGCUAUUCUGAGCUUGUUAGGGCUCUUGAAGAUUUGUUUGGCUGUUUUGGAAUUGGGGAAGCAUUGAAGGAGGAUGAAGAAAAUUAUGAAUUUGUUCCCAUCUAUGAGGACAAAGAUGGGGACUGGAUGCUUCUUGGAGAUGUUCCAUGGGAGAUGUUUGCAGAGUCAUGCAAAAGGUUGAGGGUGAUGAAAAGGGCAGAAGCCAAAGGUGUUGGGCUUCAUGCAAAGGACCUUCUCAAGGGACUUUCCAAAGAGGAGUAGCUUGUAUUUCUCGUAAUUAAGAAGGAUAAAUAUGUCUUUUCACCACCUUAGUUAAUCACUAUCUGUUAUGAAUGAGUAAGUUUAAUUUUAAAUGUGACUUCAAUUCACUAUAGAGACUUGAGAUUUUUGAAGAAUUGGUUGUAUGUUUUAUUGAAGAUUGUCUGUAUUGGCAUGUAAGGGUGCUUAAUACGCUGACUUUAAGCAGUGAGUUUUACAGUGUUGGAA